AGCCAAUCGUUACAUAACAGCAGAAUGCAGCGCAGCACGCUACUGAAGAAAGAGGAGACAACCAACUUACUACUUACAGCGUCAGCGCGCCUCUGGAAAGUCAGCUUGUCAGUUACAGCAGCGCGUCCCCUGAACGAUAACGAAGAGGCAACUUUAGGUGAGAAGCCUGACCACGGAGACCGGGGUGAGAAGGUGAUGAAGCGUACUUCAUGAGCUGUAACCGAAAAACGACUGGCUUUUGGAAAGUUUGAGAUCUGUCCCAUCUCCUCUCAAUCCCUCAUUCAUUGGUCACCAGAACACACAAGGCAGCCGUUGCUGAGAAAAUGCAGUGCCAGAGAGAGAAGAUAUUCAUAUUGAUCCUCUUUGCUGCGCUCUCGCACAGGGUGACUCAGGCAAAGGUAAUGGACAUGGUUCCUAAUGCCGUGGAUGACCAGUACACUCGAUGUCGGGUGCAGAUGCUGAAGAAGGUUGUGGAAGGGGGUCUGCUGGAAGAAGAACUGAAAGGCAGUAUAGAGUAUAGUUCUGCCUGGCGGGCAAAGCAGUGUCCGAAGUUAAUACCGGGAGGCAUCAAGCAACACACGGCUGCAUUGGUGGCUUAUGGACAUGGGGGAAACGUGUUCAGAAAGAUUUUCAACAAUGCAGUGGAGACUCAGGGUGGGAAUGUCAAUGUCUAUAACAGAGAGUUCCGGUUCAAAUCCCUCCACUUCCUUCUAAUGGAUGCCAUGAGGCUUCUGAAGACAGAGAAGUGCCAAACUGUGUUUUAUGGCACAAGCAAAGAGUAUGAGGUACAAGUAGGGUCAGAAGUGCGAUUUGGGAGGUUUACUACAACCAAGGCCAAACGUUCUGAUUCGGAGGAAUCUGCUACAGAUAAUGGGAUCCUUUUCAACAUCACUUCCUGCACUGUAGUCAACAUUGAUGAGUACACUUGCUUCUCAGACAGCAUUGAUCAGCUGAUAUCCCCAGCAGAGGUGUUUAGGGUGGCUGAGGUAAAGAAUGUAAUAAAUAAAGAUCACGAGUACAGAGAGAUCGUUUUGACAAGUUCAAGGACUCACAGCAUUGACAGCAUCCGCGACUGUUACCUCUUCCCCAGAUCUCCUACAAGUACGAGUCCUCCAUCAAUCACCCCCAAAGGCUCCUCUACUCAAUGGCUUGGCAGUAGCCUCUCUGUUCUUGUGGUUGUAUCUCUCUCUAUCUCCCUGAUCACCAGGACUGAUCAUCUCUGAUAAACUAAAGUGUUGAAUGCUAAUAGAUGCGGUAAUGAAGUCAAUGGAACGCAGACCGUGGGGGAUAGAAGGAUGCACAUUCAAGAAAUCUGAUCUAACAAAAUAGAUAUUUGUCAAAUCGUCAUUUUUUUUUAGGUAUUGUAACAUGCCCAGAAUGUGGUUACUAAAGUCUUAUUUGGAUAUAUUUGUCUGUUUUGUCAGCAUAACAUUUAGAAAUAGUCCCUUUUCAGGUUUGGAAGAAGUGACUGCUAAAGGCUAACUCCCAUUCAUAUAGACUGGUAGCAUAGCUAGCAUAUAGAAAUCGAUGGUGGUAGUCAAAGUCGGUUUUAACUGUAAUGCAGUUUCUUGGUGAUGAUGACAUCAACAUGUAUUCGGGUUGACAUCCAUUCCAGCAUUAUACUCUGAUUUUUACCUCAACAUAGUGUGAAACACACAUAAACAAUAGCCUAAAUGUAGGCUAAUUUUGCUAGUGGGCAAUGAGGCAUCUUUCCCCCAUGCGUUUCCAUUGUUUUGGUCGAGUUCCAUGAACCUCUUUACCACGUCUAUUGAAAAGGUCACACACACUCGCACACGCACACACAAAAUUGCAUGUAUGUAAUAUCAAUGCACACAGACACAUUCAUCAAAUGUGACAAAGUGCAAACCUGUCAAAUCCCUCAGCAUAAUGAUAUUCUCUUAAAAUGUAUUUCUUUGCAUUUUAUUGUUUUUGUCAAACAUAAGAUUAUGGUGAAUUGAUAAUAUUAGAUAAGACGUUUUAAACAAUAUGGUAUGCAUUUAGCAAAUAUUUUUGUAUCACAAUUGAGUGUGAGUGGUGUCCAGUUUUCAUAGAUGUAAUUAAAUGUUCCUCUUGUUUUGAUAUCAAAUAAAGCAAUAAGAUGAGUA